GAGGAUGUUUUGCACACCCCGCGUCCCGCCAGCCGUAGACACACUGUUUAAGUCAGCAAAGUCGUGCGUCUCGACUGCUUCAACUCACGUUAACUCCCUUCCCCCUUCCGCCGACAUUAGAAUUGUCCUCUCACACGCAUUCGCGUGAUACUCCCGACAAAAUUCACGUAUUUAUUGUUUUCUAAGUAAUGUCGUUCAACUUUAUUAAGAGCUAUUUUUAUGGCGUGGAUGGCUGAUUGCCUGGGCCCGAAAUUUUCGUCAUGAAAAAUUUUCAACGUGAAGGCGUUAGCGUUGGGCGGCCAUUUCUCGGAAACAGUAUGAGUAAUUACAAGGCUUGGUAGAGCACGGCCCAGGGAUGAGUGAAAUAAUUGUUAUGAAAAAACAAAAGAAAACCCAUAGAAUGCAGCGUUGUGACGCUGGACACGCCAUAGGCCGUUGGAAGCGUUAGCCCGCGUUAACAUGGCCGAUAGGCGAUAGUUUAUUUAACAAAUGGCGAGCCGCAGCUUUGGUUCAACUUGACGUCUCUUCAGUGUACCAUGAACAUCUAAUAUUUAACGAUACGAUUUGAAAUGAGUCCUCAGUUGAGAAAGCGACUGGGCCGAUAAACGUAACACGCCGAGUACUCAUUACGAAGACAAGUCGCCUCCUCCUUCAUUUUUGUUUUCUCUGGUGGGUUCUCUCGUGAGCCGGAUCGUCAAGGCACUCGUAAAUUGAGUGAAGAAGGAAACAUCUUUAGCCACGGGUGGGCCCGUUAUGGCCCGGACCAAACGAAAACAGCCCUGAACAUUCCAACUGAACAUUCUUGACUCCACCAGGAUAACAGAAUGCUGAGGGAAAAAUGUCACUGUGGCUUCUGGUUAUUUUGGGCGCCCUAUGGUUUCUGUGCGGAGCAGCGCAGGAGGUUUCUGUUGUGAGACACGUCGAUGGGGAUAUUUUCAUGGUUGAAGGGUCCUGUGAAAACGCCUGCGUCCAACUCAGCGGGGGAACAGCCUCACCUUACACCCGUCAAUUAUCCGUGGGAUUGAGCAGUAUCAACGCCACGUGCAUCUGUCAAUGCAAAUCCACUAGCCCAAUUUUUCGGGAAGACCUCAACAUUUGCGUGAGCGAUAUUCACGAGUGCAGUGUCGCUGGAUUUCUCGGUAGUUCUGGAGCCAUUGAGAAAGUGCCGUAUGUUUUCCUACCGCAAUGUGGGCAGAUUGUUUAUCCCCAGGCGGAGAUACUCUUUGAAGGUGUAAAAACACCAGUUUGCGGAAUUGUGGGGGCCCAGCAGCUGGGGAAGCCGGGCUGGUCGGAAUUGAGGAAUCUCUCGAGUCCGGAGCCACCUUUUAGACUAUUUCGCGAUGAGGGGAGAGCAUUUCUCAGGUGGACUGGUGAGGCUGGUCUCAGGGAGGCUGCUGAGGGGAAAGUUGUGGUUACCAGACUCACUUGCCGAGAUGCAGAUCCCAAUGCUAGUUAUCCGGGAGUUUUUACGCCGUGUGUGGCAUUUAGAAUUGCUGGCUCACCGUCAAAGAGCGUUAUCAGGGAGGUUUCGUUCGCGUCGUCGACUCAAGGUCCCGGAGGUCUCUCGAGCUUCGAGUACACGGCCAUCGGAAUAUCGUCAGUCCUCCUGGCGUUGAUCUACGUCGUCAGUGUGUCUCUGUACCUGCACAGUCAGAAAUCUCGUCGGAAGAAACUCCAGGAUCCCGAGGCGACCAUCGCCGCACCUCGAGAGGGUACAGUAUUAGUGAAGAAUAAUCCCCUGUUGGCGUCCAGACACUUUGAGAGUGACUCAAAUAGUCUCAGAAGUGAGAGUGACCAUGGGGAGGACUUAAGCCCAAGUGACACCGACCCGGGUGGUGAAAAAGUCACGGCCGCUGUUAUCCACCCGCCGACGUUCAUGGAGCAGACAGAUGGUCCCUUUGGUUCUCCUAUCAUUGGUGAGCGGAUUCCUGAUGAGGAUGUCAGGAUUGUGGAGACUUUCGAGGGGACGCAUGCAGUGGACAGUUCAAUGCUGCCAGGAGUGCAGCGACGAAAACUGUAUUUCAAUCCUGCCUACUUCGAGAGACAAUUUCUCCUGGCGCCGCCCCCGGCAGCCAUAGAAUUCCUCCUGAAGAUCCGCGAGGUGAUCUCCAUUGCAAAGCACAAAAUGUCCGCUAAGCGUUUCGUCCCGUCUCUCUCGGGAAUUCCCGAGGAGGAAUCCACGUCCGGACGGUGCAGUUCUUCCGAGAACAAGCGGGCGGGAUCAGUCCAGGAAUCUGUAGCUCGUUCCAGAAAGUCCCAGAGAUGCACAGGUUGCCCUGGCUGCGCUGACUCCCGUCCGAAUCCCCCCAUCCUUCCCGACAAUUCGCGACCAAUGCCUGGUGAGAGUAGAGUGAGAGCAUGGUUAGCCGACGUCAAACCCCCGGAACGUCGAUGGAGGGACCUGGAAGACCAUCGGAAGAACUUCCAAGAGAAUGUGCGGACGUUUGCCAGAAGUCUUGAGCACCUGCGUGAUCCCAGAAACGAUUUCUUGAAAGCUGAACCUAAAAACACCACUACCACGUCACUCGCCACCUGGAAGGACAACCCGCCGAUGCUUCGGACCUUCCAGCACAUUGCGAGGAGUGAAAUCAUGGGUGAUGAUGAUCAGCACAGCAUUUCCAGACGAUCGACAAAGUCAAUGUUCGAGAACACCAACUACGAUCGUUUCUGUCGAACUAGAAGACGUCAGCUCGAGCUGUCAAGCGGCCCGGAGGACUUCCUCAACGCUAAAGUACGAAAAGCCAUCGAGAACUCCUUCAUAAAGCAAAUGGAAGAGAAUGCAGCCCUUGAGAACCAAAUGCAGGAGAACGAGAGACGCCAGAACGAGCAGCGUUUCUCCCCUGACGGUAGCUCCGAAAAGACAAACAAGGAGUCCCUUAAAUCUUCUAAAACCGUUAAGAAAUCACCCGAAAGUACAAUUAGACGGAAGAAAUCACAAGCCCCUCCGAUUCCCACGAAAGACCUUCCGGACAUGAUACCGGAACUUCCAGAAUCAAAAUUCCCAGUCAAAACAAUCAUGGACGCAGUGAUAAAGGAAAUGGUAGUUGUGAAAGCAUUGGAACAUCACCAUAGAUUAACUGAGUAUGAAGUAGACAGCUUGGAGAGGACCAAUCGCCGUAAACGAGAGAAGAAGCCCAUACCCAAAGAUAAAGAAUCACCAUCAUCCACACUUACCCCCAAGACAAGUAACGAAAUAAAGGAAUCGGAAGGAGCGGAGAAUGAGGCAAAGAAAAUUGAAACAAAUGACGAAGUGCUCAGGCGAAAUUAUUACAAUACUCUACCGGAAUUGAUUUCCCAACGGCCCGAGGGCUAUUCAUUGGUCAGUGAAGUUUAUGUUAAUGAUGGUUAUGCCAGCCCAGCAAACAGUGAUGAUACAAGUCCGGAAAUUAGUUAUGAGCCGGAAAAUCCUGGACACUUGACGAUAAAGGUACAAGACUCACCGGACAAUUAUGUUAAACAAGAUGAGUCCGAGUAUGAACCAGACACACUCGACAGAAAACCAAUGAAAUUGAAAAUCAAUGGAGAUGUUAUUUACGAGAAAGGACCGACGAAUGAGUCGUUUGUUGAUUCUUUGGAGAGACCUGCACAGAUUUUACUGAAGAGUAAGGGAAGUUUUAGGGAUGACACACAGUCGAAUAGUCCCGAUGGCUCCUUGUCGAAGGGCUAUGGAAGUCUUCGGGAGAUUUACGAAGCCAAACUCCACGCAAAUGCUGUUGACUCAUCGAUAAUGAGUAGUUAUAGCUCCCUCAAUGACAAAUUCGAGGAGAAUGGCACCUGGAAAUCGUCCAAGUACCUCACACCUGAUCAGAGACAGGCGAGGAGACAGAGGAAACAAAACCAGCCGGAUGUUGUACCACUUCCACCGACUCAGGGGAUAUAUGAACAUUCGAAGCCUCCGAGGAGAACUGACCAGUCAAAAAACGAGUGGGACAGGAGCUCAGCUGAAGCAGGCGGCCCUACGGCCGGCCGACGCCCUCCUGUCCGUGUUAAACAUCUCGUAGGGAUUAAGACACUGGACAGAAAAUUCUUACCAGGCAGUAAGGAAACCCUUGGACGCCUUCCUGAACACUCCAUGAAAAGAUUCAGGAACGUCCAGAAUGGAAAAAUUGAAGACAGUGGAUAUCUUUCCAGCACGGACAGCAAUGAGUCUCAGAAGCAGACAGUAAAAUACGACUUUGGGAGUGUCUCGGAGACUGAUGAGACUGAAUCUAUUUGCGAUGGCGCCAGUGAGAGCGGGGCAGAGAGUGUAGGAACGGAUAGUGUCUUCUUUGGGAAUUUUAGGAGACUUUCCCAUGGGGAGAGCUUCAGCAAGAGCAUGGACUCCGGGGUGGAUAUUGGAGUGAGGUGCAAUGGGUUCAGGUCUCUCGGAGUUGAAAGACAACCGAGUUUCAAUACCAGUGAUAGUGAGAAUGAGAGUUUUGUUACGGUUCUGCCGCAUGGGAGCAGUAGGAGAAAUAGUUUAGUGCUCUAAGGUAAGCUCAAAUGAAACGGCGGAUUUUGUAGAAAAAAUGGUAGUUGUGACAGUUGUCGACAGAUUCCUCAGAUUUAUUACGUAGUUUUUCAUACAUCACUGAUGAUGCAAUAGGUACCUUAAGGAUGUUUAGCCAUUUUCAGUAAAUCCUGCUUUUUAUAUUUUUCUAGACAGCAAACAAGUUCGUUGAUCGGGUUUAGUAAUAAAAUUUAUAAUUCUCCACCGAAUUUCAUGAGAAAUCGGUCGAAGUUUUCUACUCGUCAACUUUUCAAUGUGAAUAUUUAUUUUGGAAUCUAUGGUUAAUCUAUUUAAGUUGUAACGCAUUAGCUAAUGCUUAUUCAUCGCGAAUAUUAGCGGCCGGUGGUGCAAUACUAGAUGUAGGAUUAUCUGUUCAGUUAGAGUGAUUCUCAUUGCCCGACACGACUCUAGUCUCUUGAACUUUCUCAUGAAGAGUAAUUAACAAGUUCCGUAAAUUAUGGUUUACGCAUAAUAAGUCGUGCAAGUUUAGAAUUAAUUUGAUGAGCUAUUUUAGAAAAAAAAACUAGAUCACAACGAUAUCUUGCCAAAAAGGUAUUAUUUUUGUACAGUGAAUAUUCAUAUUUCUUUUUUGGUGAUUCUCCGUUGAAAUAUUUUUUAGUGAAGUGACAUAAAUAAGAAAUGGAAGUGCUACUACUAGGGAGAUGCGUAGCCCGAUCUCGCAUGGUAGAACCGAAUAACCCCGCGUCUAUAUUUUUUAAUAUAGCAGUAGAGACUAUUAUUUAUAUAUCAUUCUUAUUAGCAAUGUAAUAGGUUUUAAUAUUUUUUUAGUCUGUUAUGUUUAAUUUCAUUAUUAACACUCAGCGCACGCUUGCAAGUACCUGCCAAAUGUAAACGAACAUAAUUUUUUUAUAAUUUUUCGUACAUUUUUGUUCGUAGUUCUAUUGAAGUACUUAUGAUGAUUAUGUAGUUUAUUAUUUAUUAUGCCCUUAAAAUUUAUGUUUCUUACAUUCUAUUUUAUUUAAAUCAAGUUAUCAUUUUGAUUUUUAAUUUAUUGGAACUUAGGAUUGAGAAAUAAUCAAAUUUAUUGUAAAUUUUUCUCCUAAUGUUCCGGGAAUUUUGGUGAAGGUGGAAUUGUAGAUUGUAAAUGUUCUAUAACGUGAAAUAAAAUAAAUUUAUUUACCUUUGUA